GGUGGAUCUGUGAGAGAUUCACACAAACAGAGACAAUACCUACUCUAUAGCUCGUUUUUUUGUCUUAUUCUGUUCCGGGAUGUCUACCAUAUAAGGAGUUAUUUUUUCUAGGGUGGCCUUCAAACAAUAUCAUAAGUUCAGUCUGUUCUUCUGUAACGUUGCACAGCAAGUUUUAUAAAAAGUCACUUAGUUAUAAGCAUAUUAUGGUUACAUCAACAAUGCACACAUUAUUUUAUUAAAAGUAUAAAAACAGAUUAAUAUAAAAUCCUCUACAAUAGCCUUUCGUUUGUUUAUUAUUCAUCAGUAGUGGGAAGUGCUAUUUUUUAAGCAGUGCAACUGAAUUAUGGCUCAAUUUCGGGACGAUCGGGAUAAUAAUAAAAAAUAACGCAGGUUUUUGCAGCAGUAUCGCCGCUUGUUAGAUGCAAAUGAACAGUUUUUAAAGUGAAAACAGCGUUUGGAUGUCAGCGGUUCAGGAGGGGAAGGAGAAACCCCUCUCUGCGCAUGCUCAGACUGCGCUCCCCGUCUUAUUAAUUUUUAAUGGAAAAUGGCUGCGUUUCUUAUCCAAACCUCUGGAGCAGGGAAAUAAAAACGCGUCCAGCCGAACCAUCUCGCGUCUUCUUAACGUUCACACCGACACAAUCCGAUGUGGUGAUCACUCGCUAGCUGGCCGAUGUCCUGUGGUGCGAAAAUAUUUGGGGAAAUGGAUGGACUCGCGCUUUGAGAGAUGAAAGAUCAUUUUUCUCCUUAACCCUUUCUGCUCCGAGAUCUGCGAACAAUCGAGCAGACGAUGAUGCGCCAGGUGACAAGCAGUGACUUCUGCAUGAAUAGCAGGCCGUCGUGCUUAGCAGAGGACGGCCACCACCACCCCGCCUCCCACUUUGACCUGUGCACCUCCCAGUCCAACAAGUUCUACCCUCCUCCCCCUCCGUCGUCCCUUCAGAUGACACUGACGCCCAUGGCCUUACCCACCCAGAGUCACAAGCCCAUGGUGUGCCAGAGACAGGAAGUGCUUGGGGGUGACCCCCGCUCAUCUGGAAAAAUACCAGGCAUUAAAAGCACUGAUCAAGCGCCAGAUGACCCCAAGAAGAAGAACAAAGCUGUUGGGAAGACAGGCAGACGCGGGAGGCCUUUGGGAACCACCAAGCUAGCCGGAUACAGAACCAGUACGGGACGACCCCUCGGCACCACCAGAGCCGCUGGUUUCAAGACAAGCCCUGGAAGACCGCUAGGUACAACCAGAGCAGCGGGGUACAAGGUCAGCCCCGGACGGCCUCCUGGCAGCAUCAAAGGCCUCUCUCGCCUCAACAAACUGGCUUAUGGUAGCACCUGCAGUGGAGCUGCUUUCCCCUAUCCGCUACCACACAAAGAAAUCCUCUGUGAACCUUCCUGCAAAGAGAAGACGGCUAAUGAGUAAAAGCUCUACCCUGUUUCUACUCACCCUCCAUCAGUGGAAUAAGAGACGCACGUGUACAGGUUUCCUGCCAGAUACUGGGGGUGACUGUAUUCUUUCCCAGUCUGUUGUGAGGCUGAGAGGAGGAGAUUUUCUAAGAUUCGUGUUGGUGUCAUCUGUGUGCCUGCCACCUGAUAUAAUACUGUUAGUUUUUCAGUGUUACUGCUGGAGAUCUAUAGCCUGUGAAAGGUUUAACUACUCAUUGCUGUAUCCGUUUUCUUGGGAAAAAAAGUAAUACCUGAUGUUCAUUGAGCAAGGGGCUUUUAUCUUACUAACAACUGUAGUGGUCAUUCAUGACAAGUUUCAUUUUUAGUGUGCUAUAUGUUGCAUUUUAACAUCAACAAAUGAUUGAAACAUUCAUAUUAAAAUGUUUAAUUACUGUAAACAAAGGAGACCAUAGGUGAGAGGAUUGAUAACCACAAUUAUGUGAUGUACAGCACAAAACAAGGACAAAUUUUCUUUUGCAUGUCCAUUACACUACAAUUUGAAUAUCAUAUCAGCUUUUGUUGUUGGAUAUACACUCUUGUUCUUGCUCUUUAAACAAACACAUGCAAAGCAAGAAAGAAUGGAAGAGAGGGACAAGCAGCAGUGCUGUCUUUGCAGCAGAAGGUUUGUUGGAAAUAUAGUCUUUAAUUUAAAACAACAAAAUGCUAUAUGUAGUACCUUGUAUAUGUCACAUUUGUGAAAUGGGAGACAUAUCACUGGAUUCAAUUUCUUCAGUUUGAGUGUCUGCUUUCGAGCAGAUUCAGAGGAGUAGUUGGGGGUUAAGUGCCUUGCUCAAUGGCACUUCAGCAAAAGAUUUACAGAUAAUCUCCCAGGCUAACAGCACCCAAAAACUGAAACCUAGUCAAUACAACCUUUUCCACUCAGCUCCAGACUAAACACUAAAAAAAAAAAAAACAUGACUCCUGCCAAUAAACUCUUACUGUUCACACUCUUAAAGCCCCGACCCCCACAAAAUGUCUACAUAUUAUUUGCAUGCAAAUGUUGUCAAAGCAGCCGAGUCAACUUACAGAUUCUUGUGAGAAAUUUUUGCAGCAACUAAGUUCACCUCCUGCUUUUUCUUACAACCUACAAAAAAUUGGUCAGUGUGGACUGCAGUUGCCUCAUUUGUUUAUUUUCUCGCCAUGGAAAAGUUGUCUGUGGGUAAACAUGUGGAUGAACAGUGUUUAUAUGUUCUGCUUGGUACUUGAUCGCUCUUCAUAAUUGUAAAAUUUGAGGAAGUUCGUCUCGGCCACGAGACAGUUGAGUCAGAACCUCACUGUAGCAAUGAGAAAUUGGUGACUGUACUACUGGUGGAAAUGGUUUCUCUGGUUUAAUUUUGUCAGCUUGCCAUGGGCUGGGUGCUGCUACAGAUACCAAAAUUACACGUUUUUAUAGCUGUUUUAGUACACAACUUCAUUUUUUUCCCCAAAUUUACAUAACAUCCCAAAUUUCUCAAAAACAAUUUAAUUUUGUCUCACCUUAAAGCAGCAAAACAACACCCAGUCUUAGUCUUGUCCUAAAAUGUCUCUUGGCAAUAUUUCUAAAAUGUUUAUUUUGUGGUUAUUAUCAAAUCUAAUUACAUUUUGUGAUUUUUGUUGUAAUGUCCAAACUCAUAUCACAAAAUCUGGCCUAGUCAGGUCAGUUUUGUACCAUUUGAGACUUUACCGAGAGAGACUACAUUGCUUUACUUAUGCUUUGUAAUGUUGUCUUGUCACAUUGUAGGUUAAGUCUGUCACCCAAAGAAUUACCCUGUAUCUCUUGUGUUAUACAUCAAAACCUCUAGUUGCAGUAUUAAGUCUAAAAAAGGAUAAAAAAAUUAUUUAAGAAACAAAAUUCAAGAACAAGUAAAGGUAGAUUUUGCUUUAAUGUUACAUUUGUCCUGAAAAAAUGAGCAGACUGAUAUUCAAAAUAUCAGAUUUGUUAACAUGAAUGUGUCGCUGAAUCCACUGACUAUGAUUGAUAUGGCAGUUACAUUGUAGUUGUAAAACUUUUAAAACUAAACUUUUCGUAAAAAGAAAAGCAUUUAUUAUUAAUAUCCUUUAUUUGAUGUGACAUUUGUGUGACAGACAUGUACACAAGCUAAAGCCUCAAAUAUGUUAUUGGUAUCCUGUUCACAGAUCAACAAAUACAUGCAAGACAUAUGUUUGGAUUUGCAAUUUAAUGGUGAGGAAGUUAUUGUGAACAAAUAAGACCAUCACUGAGGAAACUGUCAUCCACUGCUGGCCUAUAUUUUGUAUUUUUACACUGAGCAGGCAGGGGGCGCUGUUUCUCCAGAACAAAAAGCUAGAGUUGUCAGAGAUAUCAGAAACAGAGGAAAACAGUUCUCAGUAAACAGAAAAAGUACUUCCAGCAUGUCGAUCCUCGUUAACACAUGCCAGAGAAGAACAACUCAACGUUCAUGGAGACUUCUAUGGCAUUUAUAACCACUACCACAGGUGUUAGACGGAGGCCGCAAAAUCAUCUCAGUCAUGGUCUCAUUUAUUUGACAAUUAUGUAUUGAUGUUUUAAUUUCUACAUGUUGCUUCUUACUUUUCACUCGUAAACUAGUGGUAUCAAUCUGUCAGUUUAAAAAAAAAAAAUAAUCACAAGGUUUAUGUUACUAUUUAUUAUGUUUUUCUAGGUACAUUAUCAUAGCCCUGUAGAGCACUUGAAUCUGACUGUUGGGGAAGCUGGUGUUGAUGUUGACGUUGAUGUAACAUGUAAUAAUUAAGUUCAACAGAUAGUUUUAUUGGUUCAAAAUGAAUUAUUUCACAACAUGCUUAAUGCAUCGUAAAUAUAGUCAAUCACAUGCAGUUAAAAUAUGAUUUUGAUCCAAAAUAACUGCUUGACUCUUUAUUGUGUUCAAGUUUUCAUCAUUUGGCAAAUGAGUUUUUAGUGCAAAAAUGGAAUCUUACAACUCGCCCAGAUGAACGUUCAGUUUUUGCUAUUAUUCAUAUAUAGGGAAUUCAAAUCCUAAGAGUGAAGAAAUAGUACAGCUUCACUGAGUUAAUCUCUCAUGACAAAAUUUUAAAUGGUUAAAUUUGGUGCAAUAAUCUGUUGUAUGUAUUGUACUGUGGAAACUUUGAUACUAUCACUUUUUAUUAUUGUUGUAUUUUGAUACUGGUGUACAAGGCCUUUUAUCACUUGUUUUGUUGAUGUGUACAGUGUUAAACAGAGGUUACUGAAAAGUCACAUACAAACCUCCUUUUCAUCCUCCUUUACCAAAGAACAUGAUGCUAUCUAACUAGGCAUUUAUGCUAUUUGAGUUAAAAAGUAUUCCAACAUCUCACAAAAUAACCUUAGCACGAAAACUCCUGUAUAAAAAUGUAAAUGAAAAAGCACUUGGAGACCACUAUCCCAUAAAAGAUAGUAUGAUUGUUUGGAUUAAUACAAAACCUUUAAAUAAUAGUUGCAUUUGAAGCUCUAAACAUGCAGGUGUAAUUGUUCAUUGUUCAAAUGAUUAAAAUGACAGUUUCUUGAAUGCAUUGUAAAUUGCAAUACAUUGAUGAUGUGAACUUAGUUCCUUACAUUUCUUUGUUUUUGUAUCCAUCUGUUAUUCUACAUUGAAAAUAUUUCUCUUUUUUUUAUAUAUAUAAUUCUUAUGUAGCCGUGUGUUUUUUUUUUUCUCAACAGUUUUAUUUUUUAUUUUCAAACAUUUAAUUUUUUGUUUUUUAGGUUCACACAGUGAGGUGGAGCCUUAUGGGAUAAACAUGCUGGUAGGAUGCACUGUUAGCUAGAUCUGACUUUUUCACCACAGAUAUUUUUAAAAACACAGGUGUAUAUAAAAUGAAAGAUGGUUUAAUUCCAUUUAGCUGCUUCAGUUUCAGGGUCCUGGUAUUGUGCAUGCUGGUUCACUGUCACACUGUCAUGUCUUACUGGGACACUUAAAUGGAUCAUUAAUAUUCCUAGUAACAUCUUCAAAAUGUAUCUGCUGUGAAAAGGGCCUUUUGCAAUAGCUUCUGAAACUUACUGAAGCUUUCUUACUGAAAAGCUGAAACAUGUUUUGCACUUCUUUUUCCUGUUUUUCUGUUUCCGUUUUUCUGUUUUAUGUCCAUAUUCUCAGCUAACUGGGUAUCUACUGUCACUUCAGCAGCUACAGCUAAUUUGCUAGCAGCUGCUCCACAGCUAGCUAGAUGUGAAGACCCACAAAAGUCUUGAGCUUGUUUAAAACAGUGUUUGGUGAGAAAAAUAAACAGUUGAAUAAAUUAAGUAACAAAUUCAGAAAGGUUUUUCAGAACUGUACCAUCCCUAGCUAGCAUACGGAGUUAAGAGCAUGAUGUCCUGUUGCAAAAGAUUAGCUUAGCCUGUCAUGUCAUUUUGUUCUGUGAUUCAGUGAAGUCUGUUUAUCAGUCUAGCGCAAGGUUAUGUUGUAGGGCUGGGUUGUUAAUAAUUUGUGUUAGACAACACAAAGGUCUCGGCUGGCUGUGGCCUAAGGGAAUGUAUUGUCAUUGAAUGCUAACAAAAUAAUUGUCGCAUUGACUCAGUUAAUAAAAGGAGUUGUACAAAUCCAGUACAGUAGAAGUGGAUAUUAAUUUAGGUUAGAAUGUGGACGGAAAACCCCAGGAACAUGUUUCAGCUUCAGGCCGAUGAAAGAAAAAUUAAAAGUUAUUAAUGUUAGCUAUGGCUAUGUAAAGGGGACUAUGUUUAGACUAGGAUUAAAGAUGGCUGUGGUCGGCCAAGUGUUUGACAUGGUUGAACUGUCGCAAACAAUUUAAGAACACCUGCACAUCACAAUGAUUGUGUGUCAUAUUAUCUCACUGACUUGUUCUAAAUGGUGAAAAUGACCUUUAGAUGAUGACAGUGUAAUGACUGAUGUAUUGCCAGUGUAAAGCGUAACCUCAGCUGUUUCACUAUGAAGCUUUGAGUUUCUAAUCUAAAAUAUUUUGUUCAGUGUAUGGCCAAGGUGUAUGUGUUGCUAAAAACUAUUUCUUUUUUCUGAAUUUUGUUUACUUGAUGAAAGGCACUGACAUUUUGGAUCAUGACCCUCUGAGCAGGACACUGCAGAAAGCAUAAGGGAUUAAAGGAGGAUUAUAGAAGGUGGAUUUCCUAAAAUAGACUCAAUAAAGUGGUUAAUUUACUGACAUUCUCGUCAUUUUUAGCCAUAAUAUUUCAAGUGAAAUCAGCGCCUACAUGAGGCACAGAUAUCAAUGGUUGUUUUCACAUUAUUGUUUUUUGAGUGAUUUUUUUCUCUCACCAUCUUCAGCAAUAAAUCAACACAUGGUCUGUUGUCUGUAGAUGAUGAUUUAAAAAAAUAUUACCUCACAUUUUGAGUGUUUUCGAGAAGAUGUGAAGCUCAGUUAUUCCUAAAGUGUGAUUGGCGACGCCUGUAAAGCUUUGUAUAAUUCCCAUUUUAUUCCUGCAUGAUUGUUGUGGAAUGUUCAAAAGUUGUGUAAUAAAUCUGAAAGUAAAACUUCA